AUGGAUCCUGAGGAGCUCAAGCAGGUCUUCCAGAAGAUUGACCUCGACGGCAGCGGAACCGUCGAGAUGGAGGAGCUGGAUGCAGCUGCCCGGGAGCUGGGCAUUCGGUGCAGCAAGAACUCGCUGAAAAAGGUAUUUAAACUCAUCGACACUGAUGGCAGCGGCUCCAUCGACUUUCAGGAGUUCAGCGUGUUCUUCGCCAAGGUUAGCAAUCCCGAGAACAUCAAGGAAGUGCUCUCAGAAGCCAGCGCUGCUUUCCUGGACUACAGGAACAGCGUGGAGCAGGAUCCUUCUUUCGCGAAGCACUUCCCCAUGCCCCCGAGCAUGAAUAGCGUGGUGAAGUACUCGAAGCACUUCAACGCAACCGUGGAAUCCGUCCGAUGGGUGGGCGAUGGCACCUACUUGGGUGCGACUGGUGAGGGGAAGUUGCUCGUUUACGACAUUGCCUCCCGCACAGACACGCCUUUGAAGACGUGCAACGUUGGCCCUUCGGUCUAUUGCAUGGAUGCCGUUCCUGGUGGACGAGGGGUCCUGCUGGGCUACGGCAAGAAGUCGGACAAUCUCAUCUUGUGGGAUAUGGGCGAGGAGCAGGCAGCACAGAGAUUUGAAGGUCAAACCAGCCAGAUCUUCUCUUGCUGCCUUGGGAGCUCGACGGUCUUGUCAGGCUCCAAGGAUGGCCUCAUUGUGAUGAAUGACAUCGAGACCGGGACGUGCAUAUCUGCCUGGCAGGUGCACGAAGGCUUGGUGACAUCCCUUGCACUGGGCGACGACGGCCACAAGGUGGCCAGCACCUCACGGGAUGGCCGAGUGGUGAUCUUCGACACCAACGCCGGGAUGUGGCCUUCCUGCAAGAUCUCGGACAUCGAGGAUGCCGCUGCAGGAUACAGCGUUUGCCAAGCCAUUUGGAGUGGCCCAGAAGAGGUCCUGUCAGCUGGAGACGACUACUGCGUGAAGCGCUGGGACAUUAGGAAUCAGCGCGAACCGCCUUUGGCCAGCUACAUGGGCCAUACCUCGUGUGUUCGGAGUUUGGCGCUGUCUCCCGAUGGCCUCAUGUUCGCCUCUGGCGCGAAUGACAGCUCCGUCCGCAUCUGGGCCUUAGAUCCCGUUGAGUUCAGGAAUGCUUCCGCGAUCACGGAAAGUGGCGAGAAGGUCAGCGAUCUCCUAACGCAGCUCAAAGAGCGGCGGGAGCAGGUGAUCGAGCUGGUCCACGCCGGCGAGGGCGACCCGGCUGAGGUUCGGGAGCUCAAUGAGGUGCCCAUCCGUAGGACAACCUUGAACGAGCCAGCCAAAGAUCGAGAGCGCUGCGUCUUCAGCUUUGUGAUGAUGUCGGUGGCAUGCAUGGAGAACUGCGGCCAUGUGGAGGUCGUGGUUACUCGGACCGGGCUCCUCCACUUUCCCGCCAGCAUCGCUUAUAGGACCAAGGAUGGCACUGCGACCUCCUAUGAGGAUUUCCAGCCUGUUGAGGGUCGACUGAGCUUCAAGGCAGACGAAGUGGAGAAGUCCUUCCAGGUGGAGAUUGUGGACGACGAUCGCUGUGAGGAUCAGGAAGAGUGGGGGCCUGAAUGCGCAGAAGUUUGGCCGAACCUUCUGACACAAGCGCGACGCGUCGACCCUGCAAGUGCUGCUGCAGUGGCUGUUUAG